AAUUGAUAUUAGGCGAGAGAGUCGCAAAGCGAUUUGAGACAUACACAAAGCUGAUACGCUAUAGGUCGGAUGUGCGUGUCAAAUUGGAUCCGCAACAGAUAAAUCAGAAUGCAGUGUACGACGCAUACCAAAGCCUCAAGGAUGCAAUCUUUAAUGCCAAGCGCAACGAGGCCCAUGGCGCUAAACUCAACUUGAGCUUGGGCCUGGGAAAACUCGAAACCCUCUCUGUGAAUGACUUUACCUGCUUCCACUCUAUCAUUGGAAUGUUUGAGCGGCUAGCAGCUUUUCUAAUGCUAUGGACCUGCCAGUCUGCAUGCGUUCUCCCGGCUUCAUGGAUCAAGAUUCACCUGCCCGUCCUCAUAACCCAUCCGCAUCAGCUCACGCGGGGACAACCAGGACGGGGAAUCUAUGGAGAAUGCCUGGUUGAAUUGCUCAUAUCUCUCAUCAAAUUGAUAGAGCGCCUACAACUAGAGGAUUCGUUCUACUUCUCGUACGGCACCCGAAGAUAUAUCAAGGCCGAAGCGUUUGGGCAAGGAAUCCAAGAACGAAAUCGGAACCUUCUUGCUAUUGCAGUCUUCCAUCUUGCGACUAUGGAGGCUCCACCCCCACACUCGGCCGAUGUCAUCAGGGGAGUGCAGAAGCUUUUCUGGAAUCGCAAUCUCUUCGCCGCCGACUUUCAAAAUCGUCCACCGAUCUCCAUGCUUGAACCACUGCAUUCGUCGUUCGCGCGAUAUGGAGGCAAAGACAGUUUAGUCAUCGUCACAAUCAAAGAGAAAGUUCCGCCCGCCGCUUUCAACCCCCUGAUCAUUCGCAAAGUUCCUACGUCCACUCUCGCCUCGCUGAUCGAGUCUAGGAAGUCGCAGCCGGUAACUUCGGGACGCCAGGCCGGAGAUUCCGACGAGAAAUGGGAGGAUGCAGCGGUUAGGAAAGCAGUGAGGAAGCUGCAGGCGUUUUGGCGCAGACGUCGCCCGUUCCUGCAUUCGUACCGAGCGUCGCUCGAGCGCCCACGCGGCGAGGAAUCCGCUUUUGUCUUCGAGAAUAUCAUCAAGCCCAGCCUCAGAGCCAUCCGCGAUGCGCAACUGCAGGAGCUCAAACUCGCACGCACGAGAGAGCUGCAUGAGCACUCGUCCGAGGAUGAGGAUGAGGAUGAGGAUGAGGAUGAGGAUGAGGAUGAGGAUGAGGAUGAGGAUGAGGAGGAGCAAGGCAAAGCCGAUAUGGAAGAACCCUCCCUGCCAGUGUCUCGCUUCGUACCGAGAAUGCUUUGCAAGACCUUGAUCCUCGAUACCGUUGGCAUCGACUUCUACGUCGCAGUUGGGACGCUCCGCGGUGAAGCCGAAGCCGCGAAUGCGCUCUCCCUAGGCGUCCUUACAAACAACAGGAUGCAGACAUCCGCCGUCGAGGAGCUGAUCGAAAGCGACGACAUGGCGGAGUUGAACAGAAUCGUUAAGAUAGUUUCCGGCGAGAUGCUGGGAGUGGAGAAGGUUGGGAAGAUGUAUGCCGACCCGCAGCGGCAUUGGCGGGACCUGAGACGGGCGUUUGCCAAGGAGAUGGAGGAACUCGAGAAAAUGCGGGUCAGAUUGAUGGGGAUCGUGCAAACGCUUGAGAGGAUGUUGGCUGGGUUGUGAUGCCACGAGUGGGGGUUUUCAUGUCGGUGGUUCUGGGUAUUCUAUGGGGGUUGAUUUUGUACUCAGUUCUGGGUGCUUCCGUCGGUUAUUUUGGGUAU